CCGAACACGUAUUCUUAGAAAUAUUACCUCGACCCUCGCGCAAACGUCGCACUAGUCUGUUUGUGCUUAAUGUUUACAGCCCUCCCCGGGCCCAUAAAGACAUUUUCGGGCCCCUUUUCCUCAAAGCCCAGCAGCUAGCGCAAGGGCGGCCUCUCCUCAUCAUCGGUGACUUCAACGCGCAUCACCGCGCUUGGGGCUACCACUACGACUCGGCCAAAGGCUGACGCCUCUGGAAUGACUGGAAUACGCACCAGCUCACCCUCAUCACAGACGUCUCCUACCCCACUAGACUCGGUUCGGGCCUACACCGAGAUACAACACCGGAUCUCGCCUUUACGAGCUCCGGAGUCAAAGCUACUUGGUGUCACACUCACGAAAAUUUUGGAAGUGAUCACUUCAUGCUCGAGAUCGUGAUACAAGAGCCCACGAGGCAACGUAUGCGGCCGACUCAGGUGAUUGACUGGGACUCCUUUCGCACGCACAGGAAAGAGCAGGCCACACCUCCCGUCAUUACCGACAUCAAAGCAUGGACAGCCGAAAUCGUCAAACACGUGACUGACGCCACGCAAACCGUCGAGGUUGAGGACACAGUCCCACACUGCGACCGUUACUACGCCCAUCUCUGGGAGCGCAAGAAGUCGCUCGAAGCUCUUCUCGCCACUCGAAAAUGGGACCGCGAUAUCCGCCGUCGGCUGGCGCGCGCCCACACGAACAUUGAGAACUAUGCAAUAGAACUCACCCGCCAAAGCUGGCACAACAUUUGUGACCAGAUGAACAAGACUCCGAACGCUCGUAACACGUGGAACCUGCUCCGACAUCUAAUGGACCCGGCCGGAGGUGAUCUCCGAGCACGCCAACAGCUUGAGCGAAUCUUCCAUCAGUAUCCUGGGACACCAGAUGAGCUCAAACAAGAGCUCAUUAACACCUACAUCCGCCCCGAACCGGCAACCACCCUUCCCCCCUAUCAGGGCUCGGCCAACCCUGGCCUAGACGCCCCGAUCUCUUUAGCGGAGGUCCGUGCAGAACUCAAUCGCCUCAAGACCAAUUCUGCGGCCGGCCCCGACCGCAUUUCUAACACGAUGCCUAGGAAUCUAGAUGACGCCUCUAUUCACGCCCUCACCGACUACCUUCAAGAGUGUUGGGCGAGCGGUACCAUCCCGCAGGAAUGGAAGUGCGCCAAGCUAGUCUUCAUCCCCAAGCCGGGAAAACCACCCACCUUGGCCAACCUCCGUCCCAUCUCUAUCACGUCCUGCGUUGGGAAAUUAAUGGAACACGUUAUCCAGUCCAGACUUCUUCGCUACCUAGAAGACAACCACCUCCUACAAGACACGAUGUUCGGUUUCCGUCCUCACUUAGCAGGCCCCGACAUAAUGCUUCUUCUCCAUCACCAGGUAGUCAUGCGUCGCACACUAGACACGAAAGUCAUCGUCGGCCUCGAUGUUGCCAAGGCCUUCGACAAUAUCCUCCAUGAAGCGAUUCUUCAACAACUCCAGACUCUCGGCGUCGGACAUCGCACGUAUGCAUACGUCCGAGACUUCCUGACCGACCGCAAGAUACAACUCAGCGUCGGCACGGGACAUCCCUCCAUCAUCUCUCCUGGCAACCGCGGCACGCCGCAAGGCUCAGUACUCUCGCCGCUGCUUUUCAACGUUGCACUGAUAGGCCUGCCCAAGCUUCUGGCUGACAUUCCCCAGCUACACCACAGCGUUUAUGCUGACGAUCUUACUCUUUGGAUCACACACGGCAGUGACGGCGCGAUCGAAGAGACUCUCCAGACCGCCAUCGAUCGGGUCGGAGGCUAUCUGGAUACAGUUGGCCUCAGCUGCUCGGCGACUAAGUCAGAGUAUAUAAUCAUCCCGUCCCCAGGACGACGCCCACCAAAAAUACUUCCCGAGAUCAACCUCCAGGUGCAAGGAAACCCCAUCCCUCGUACAGAUCACAUCAGGAUUCUGGGCCUACACCUACAGGCAAACGGCAGCAACAAUAUAUCGCUCCAACGCAUCGACCAGUCGGUGCUACAGAUCGGACGUCUUCACAAGCGAGUCUCCAACAAGCACCGAGGUAUGCGAGAGUGCAACCUCCUGCGCCUCGUCCAAGCCUUCAUCUGCUCCCGCAUCACCUACUCCGCACCUUACUUACGUCUCAUCCGCGCCGAAAGCGAACGGCUAGAGGCGUCACUUCGAAAAGCAUACAAGACGGCCCUGGGUAUUCCCAUGUCAACAGCUACUCACAAGCUUAUGGCUCUCGGCAUCUCCAACACCGUGAGCGAACUGAUCGAAGCUACCCUCACCGCCCAAUACGAGCGGUUGUCACUCACACACGCUGGCCGCGCGGUACUGCAGCAAGUUGGGAUCUCACCAACGAGGGCGGCCCCCAAUUAUAUUGACCUUACACCGGAAUAUCGUCAAAAUCUCCGAAUACCUCUCAUUCCCAAACGGAUGCAUCCGGAACACCACGGCGAGAGACGGGCCGAUCGUGCACGACAGUUCGAGAAACGCUUCAGCGGACGUCCAGAUGUCACGUAUACGGACGCCUCUUACCACCCCUCGAAACCAGCGAUGGUGGCGGCAGCCCUCGCCCCGCACCGCAGCUGGUACACAGCCUGCAGCAUUCGCAACGCAGAAACAGUCACCGCAGCAGAGGAGGUUGCCAUUGCGCUUGCGCUAGCUGAUCCUAUUACCAAAGUCGUCAUAAGUGAUUCUCAACAGGCGAUCCGCAACUACGAUGCCGGCCGUAUCUCUCGCCCGGCAUCACACAUUCUGCAUUCUACUCCCCCCUCCUCCACAUCCCGCUUACUCCUGUGGGCUCCAGCCCAUGAAUCGUUCAGGGGAAACGUCCAGGUGCAUAAACUUUCUCGAGAUCUUAGCUGCCGAGCCGAGCGUAGGAUCCACCGCCCCGAAUCCCCUGACACCACUAUCUCGCACGAUUCUCUACUCACCACUUACACGGACAUCCUCCAGUACUACCGACUCGGGAGAUGCAUAUAUCCUCCCGCACACCGUGAUCUAACAAGGCGCGAGGCCGUCCAAUGGCACAAACUACAAACAGGCAGCUUCCCACACCCCCUUUUAUACAGUAAAAUCUUUCCGCAACAAAUAACGCCUCGGUGCAAACACUGCUCAGCUCCGGCCACUCUCAUACACAUGGCGUGGACUUGUACGCAUUACAACACAGACAAAACAAACACCCCAGAGUCGUGGGAGUCCCUCCUGCGUAGCUCCGAGCCAGCAGACCAACGUCGGCUCAUCCAGCGUGCGGUGGAGGCCGCGGAAUCCCAAGGGAUCCCCGCCGACCUCCUCUAAGCCAGCGCAACCGGUCCUUGGACUGGUCCCCUCUUUUUGGGCGAAAUAAAGAAUUCACCACCACCAC